UAUCGAAAUAAUGUAUACUUAUAAAAUUACAUUUCAUACUAGUCAUCCAAUUUACUGGAAAGUGCAAUAAAUGCAUGAUAAUGAAUGUAUAAUUUGCCACUAAUUGACCUGACGUUGACAAAAUUGAAAUAUUUCGUGUCUUUCAUAGUUCCUCACAACUAUUCAAUCCGAAUAGAUUAUUCGACGGUUCGUAUACGUAGCGUUCGUAUAGAAAAAUAUCCACGAUAUUUUCAAAUUUUUCUUUUAAUAUCAUCACGAAGUGUAACGAGUGUUUCAAUUCUGUUUAGUAAUAUUCAUCAAAAAUUUAUCAAUUUCAAUUUAUCGUUUUUAAAUCAUAGAAACAUUGCACAAAAUAUCGUUAAUAUGAACAAGGGCCUUUUGUGUUUAUUUACCAAGAUCGAGAAUCGGUAUUAAUUCUUAGAUCUAUGAAUUCAAAUUUGCGAUAUUCAAAUUUGCGAAAUAUCUUGCCUCGUAACUUUCGUGCAAUAUCUCUUGUUAAUUGGAAAGCUAUUAUAAUGAAAUCAUUAGUUAAAUUUUAAUUAUUCGAUUUAAAUGUUCAAAUAUUUUUGAAAUUUGGAUAAAGGUUAUCAGUAAAGGCUAUCAGCCAUACAUCUGUUAACAUUAUGAAAUAUUUUUGAAAUUCAUGCUUGAAAUAUAAUAUAAGAAGUCAAGUAAUCUCAAACAUUUCUUUAAACAUAAAUCUUCUCUCAUAAUCGUCUUCGAACAUGGCCAUCUCAUUAUGAUAGUGAUUCCAAUUCAGUUUAAAACUUUGUUACAGUGUACAUGAAACAUCUUAACACUUUUCUCACGCUUAUUUGAUUCUUCAUUUCUAGAAAAAUUAAAUUGGAUAUCGAGUGGAAGAAGCUGUGAUGAUAUAUAUUUGUUGACAAUAAAUAGAUCUUUUUUUUUUCUUUUCUUAAAGAAAACUCGCGAAUUUCUGUGAAAAAAAAAAAUAACAAUACACAUGUGUUCAUAACUCGAAAUUCGAACAGAUGUGUGUUAUUCUGAACUAUAUAUUGUCGAUUUAAAAUUAAAAUUUAAAAUAGAUAUAUAAAUGGAUAAAUGAAAUAAUUUAUUUCGUCAAUAAUAAUAAUAAUAAUAAUAAUAAUAAUUUUUUAAAAUAAAUUACCAAAUUAAAUCAAAGUGACUAUGAAAUUAUCAUCGAUAGUAUUUCUUUGCGCGAUACUGUCGGCAUGUUACGGAUACCGGAUAUUGGGAGUGUUUCCUUUCAACGGAAAGAGCCAUUUCAUGAUGUUCGAACGAUUGAUGAAGAUUCUGGCCAAAAAGGGGCAUCAAGUUGACGUGAUCUCCACGUUCCCCUUGAAGAAACCGUAUCCGAAUUAUACAGAUCUCAUUGCUCUCCCCGUAUCUUCGUCGUGGAUAAACAAUUUAACUUUCCACGAGAUACAAAACUCGUUCCUUGUAUCAGCUCCAUUCGUCGUGGGACAUAUGGCAGGAAAUAUGAUUUGCGAAUUUUUGAAACAUCCGAAGGUGCAGGAAUUAAUACACAAUCCGCCUAAAGACCCGCCUUACGAUGCGAUCAUCUUGGAGGUAUUCGGUGCACACUGUUUCGGUAUAAUAGCCGACAUCCUGAAGGUGCCGAUGAUAGGAGUGAGCAGCUCUGUGCUGUACCCAUGGUCCUACGAUUACAUCGCUUGCCCCCACAAUCUUGCAUACGCGCCGCACAAUUUACUUUUCUAUUCCCAGAAUAUGAAUUUCUGGCAAAGGAUGUACAAUUUUUUGGACAAUCUUUACUCGAUAUGGGCGUUCAACAGGGUGACGGUUCCCCAGACGGAGAUUAUGAGGAAAUACGUUAAACCGGACGCGCCGGAUAUCAGAGAUUUGGAGAGGAAUAUGUCGAUAAUCUUGGUGAAUUCGCAUAUAUCGACGAACGGUAUCAAGAAUUUGAAUCCGGCGCUCAUCGAAGUCGGAGGAUUGCACGUACACGAUGACGAGACAGUAUUAUUACCGCCUAGUCUGGAAAAAUGGAUGAACGAGAGCGAGCAGGGAUUUAUCUAUUUCUCGUUCGGUUCGAUGGUGAUGAUCGAGUCAUUCCCGAUCGAAACCCUUCGAAUCUUUUACAAUUCAAUGAGGAAAAUAGCGCCCGUUCGCGUGCUGAUGAAAAUAGCAAAUUCGGACAAACUUCCGCCCGGUUUGCCGGAAAACGUGUACAUUUUACCGUGGAUACCGCAAGUGAAAGUUUUCAAGCAUCCGAAUAUAAAAGCAUUCAUCACCCAUGGAGGUCUUAUGGGAAGCCAAGAAGCUAUUCAUUACGAAGUCCCAAUGAUCGUAAAAUUAAAAAUUGUUAGUCUAACUCAAGAAGAAAUGGAUCACGCCUUGAAUGAAAUUUUAAAUAAUCCUAAAUACAAAAAAGCGAUAAAAGAACUUUCGAAGAAGUUUUUAGAUCGACCGAUGAGUUCCGCGGAUACUGCAAUUUAUUGGAUCGAAUAUAUUAUCAAAUAUGGAUCAACUGUACUCAGAUCACCCGCAAUGGAUCUAACGUGGUGGCAAUUGGAAUUAUUAGACGUUUGCGGAUUCCUGUUGAUAGUAACGUUAGUAGUACUUUAUCUUCUGGCGUUAGGAUUACAAUUCGUAUAUCAUCGUUUAGUGAAUUCUAGUUUCGUCGUGCCACAAAAGAAAAAAAUAUCUUAAGAUACUUAGAAUUAUUAAAUUAUUGAAAUUU